GGACCGCGUGUGACCUACAUACUGCGGGUCUCUGGCUGAAGCUUGUGGUACCGGCUGGAGAGUCUAAGUGUGGGACGUAGGACUGCUUGCGAUGAGGCCUAGGGAGGGGGUGGCACCUCAGACCCCUUGCACCCUGCAUGUCUGCCUCCCCAGGGCCAUGAUGGCAGAAGUGGAGGCGGGGGGGGGGGCAGCUGUGGAGCUGCGAGGACUGUGCCCAGCUGCGUCCGAUGAGCUGCUCUUACUCUACUUUGAGAACCGCCGCCGCUCGGGCGGGGGGCCGGUGCUGGGCUGGCAGAGGCUCGGCGGCGGGGGCAUCCUGACCUUUAGAGACCCCACAGAUGCCGCAAGGGUCCUGGCCCAGGCAGGGCACCAGCUCCCAGGGGCCUGGCUGACUGUGUGGCCGGCCCCACCGCGUGCCCCCGCACGCCUGAUGCUCCAAGGCUUGCCUCCUGGCUCCGUGCCCCUGCCCGCUGAGCAGCACAUCCAGGCCCUGCUGGCUGCCGCAGGGCUCCAGGCUCUGCCCUGUCGCAUCCUCGCCAGUCCUCGGCCCGACCGGGCGCUGGUCCAGCUGUCCAGGCCCCUUUCUGCAGCAGAUGUCGGCUUGCCAGUGAAGCAGGCCCAGACGCUGUGGCUGGAUGGGGCUGCGGUGUUGCUGGCCCCGGUGCUCCAGGCCCGUGCAGUCCGUGUGCUAGAGGUUGGCGGCCCCGUGGACCAGCUGCUGCUGGAACUGUACCUGGCGAAUGAGCGGCACAGUGCUGGGGGCCCGCUUGAGGAUGUACGCCAACUGCCGCGGCUGGGUACCGUCAUCAGAUUCCAGCAGUCGCAGGUGGCUGAACGGGUGCUGCAGCGGAACCACUGGCUGCAGGGCUCCCAGUUGAACCGUCCCCACUAUGACGCCCUGGAGCCCGAGGACCUGGGGGCAGGGCACUGCCAGGCUGUGCUGGAACCUGGGCCCAGCGAACCCCCUCUACCGGAGGCUGCGGGGCCAGCCGGGCAGCUGACGGGCACAGAACCUGGCGCGGACGGCUCUGAGAAGCCCCCGGGGUUACCAGGGGCCUCCCUGAAGAUGGGUCCCCUGGGGUCUCCAGGCCCAGCUGGCCCUGUGGAGCCCCUGGGGGGGCUGCCCCAGAGGAAGGAGGACGUGGUGGAGAUUGUGGUGCCUGUGGACCCUGGGGCUCUGCGCUUCCUACAGCUCUACCAUGAGGACCUUCUUGGGGACCUGGGCGAUGUCACCCUGUUCCCACUGGAGGGGACUGAUGUAACUGGAUUUCAGCUCUGCGGAGCCCUGGCCCCAUGCCAGGCGGCUGAGGGGCUUCUGCAGAGCCUGGUGGGCAGCAUCGUGCUGCGCCUCAGCCACCCGGGCAGCGCCAGGUUCCUGCUGGGCCCCGAGGGCCAGCGCCUGCUUCGGGACUUCGAGGCUCGGUUCCAGUGUGUCCUGGGCACAGAGCGCCUGGCCGCGGCCACCCUGGACAUGGACCCUGAGCGGGCAGACCCCAUGGAAGCCCUGCAGACCCUCCCUUGCCAUGCCCAUGCCCUGGAGUCCCUGGAUGGCACAGGCUGUGACCGACAGAGCACUGGGCACCUCGAAGAGGUGCAGGAGCUGCUGGCCACCCUGGAGGGCCUGGAGAGGGAGGAGUGGCUGCCCCUGGAGACGGGGGGGGCGGGGGGGAGGAAGAGCGAGGAGCCCCCAGCUAGGAUCCCGGCAGGACGCGGGUGGCUGGAGGAGGCAGCAAAGCUACAGCUGGCCCUGCAGCAGUCGCUGGACGCUCAAGGCCAGGUGGGAGACCAGGAGGAAGCCGCGGUGCUGCAGAGGGCCCUGGCUCUUUCUCUGCUGGAGCAGCCAGAGGCAGAGGAGCCUGGCGGGAAGCUGGGGGCCGAGGCCCAGCUGGUGGUACAUGCAGCUUUCGAGCAGGACCUGGAGGAACUGGGCCAGGCACUGGAGGCUGCCAUGGAAGCCCAGCUCCACAAGGAGACUGUGGGGCUGGGGACCCGUGUGCUGUCCUUAGAGCUUUGUGCCCGCUUGGAGAGGUGCCAUGGCGUGCGUGUGAUGCUGUGUGAGCAGCGCGCCGUUAUCCGGGGCUUUGGGGCCCAGGCUGCCCGAGCAGCGCGCCACUUGGCUGUGCUGCUGGCCGAGCCUUGGGGCCCAUCUGUGAGUCUGCACCUCGAAGGGGAGAGGAGUGGUGACAGCAGAGAGGGGCCCCUGGGUCGGCUGGAGGGCGUGGCAGAGAGCACCCCGGAGUUCCAGGACACGGUGCGGGCCUUCUGUGACACCCUGGAUGCAGCCCACAGCAGGAUCAGCAUUGUCCGGGUGGAGCGCGCGUGGCACCCGCUGCUGUGGCAGCAGUACGAGCUGCAGCGCCAGCGCCUGAUGCAGCGUUGCCAGCGGCGCCCGGCCGAGCAGGUGCUGUACCAUGGCACGGCGGCGGCCGCGGUGCCCGAGAUCUGCGCCCACGGCUUCAACCGCAGCUUCUGCGGCCGCAACGGCACGCUGCAUGGCCAGGGCGUGUACUUCGCCACGCGCGCCUCCCUGUCCGUGCAGGACCGCUGCUCGCCCCCCGACGCCGACGGCCACAAGGCAGUGUUCGUGGCCAGGGUGCUGACCGGGGACUACGAGCUGGGCCACCCCAGCCUGCGCGCGCCGCCGCCGCGCGCCCCGGGCCACGGUCUGCUGCGCUACGACUGCGCGGUGGACUGCGUGCGCCAGCCCAGCAUCUUCGUCAUCUUCCACGACACGCAGGCGUUGCCUACACACCUCAUCACCUGCCGUCGCCACUCGUCCCCGUCUCUCUCAGGGCCCAGCCCCUGGCCACCUGACCAGCAGAGGUCAGCAGCGGCCAGCAGGACGGGGGGCCCGGCCACACCCCCGCGCCGCUGUGACGUUUCAAUAAACCUGUGCGGGAAGCCGGGGCCUUGCUGGGGUUGGGGCUCGCCGGCGCACCCGCCCCGGGGCGCAGGGGUGCGGGACCGGCCGGCCUGCCCACGGCGCCCUCAGGCCGCGCACGCUCGUCCCAGCUGCGUCUCCGGGCGGCCGGCCGCAGUUGGGCUGCAGCGGCCGAGCUUCCGCGAGGGAGUCACCAGGCAGGCACGUAGCUCCGCAGUGCGCGCGGGACGCGCGGCGUGCGGCAGUGCGGAGUGGGGUCGCGCGGGGGUCCGCGAGCGGGCGGCCGGAACUGGGGGUGCAGCGCGGCCCUGCGCCGUGGGGGACAGCCCCUCUCCGCGCGCACCCAAGACUGCGGAACUGCGCGGGCGGCGCCUGGGAUGUGGGUAG